AUGUCCAGCAGCCUGCAGGUGCUCGAGGAGGCGGCCCUCUUCGAGCAGGUCAGGGCGCACAUCGUGCCCGACUUUUCUGUAAAGGGCCACAAAGGGUUAGCGGGGCGAGUGGGUGUCGUCGGCGGCUCCGAGGAAUACACGGGGGCGCCCUUCUUUGCGGCCAUGAGCGCCCUGAGGACAGGCUGCGACCUCGCGCACGUCUUCUGCCUCCCGCAAGCUGCACCUGUCAUCAAAGGUUACAGCCCUGACCUCAUCGUGCACCCUUUACUCGGACACGCCGAAAAGGAAAAAGUGGCUGAGACAGUUGGUCCCUGGCUGCCUCGUCUGCACACGGUGAUCAUUGGUCCAGGUUUGGGACGCGACCCUCAGGUGCUGGAAGGCGUUUCGCACGUCAUUGACCUUUGCAGAGAGGCGGCCAAACCACUGGUGGUCGACGCAGACGGCCUAUGGUUGGCCACCCUGCGGCCGGACCUUUUCAAGGACUACCCUGGUCCUCUGGUACUGACGCCCAACGUGGUCGAGUACGAGCGUUUGGCCAAAGCCAUUGGCCAGGGCGAAGGUGCUAUGGCCGCCGCAUUUGGCCCGAACACGGUCGUCCUGCGCAAGGGCCCUAGUGACCUGAUCGAAGGCGCCUUAGGUGAAAAGGUCGAGUGCACAGCUCAGGGCAGUUGGCGGCGUUGCGGUGGCCAGGGCGACCUUCUCUCAGGAUCAAUUGGCACCUUCCUUUCUUGGGAGGUGUAUCAAAAGGUUGAAGGGCCGCAAACUGGCAUCAGGGCGGCCUACGCGGCUUGCAGACUGGUCAGGGACAUGAAUCGAAGGGCGUUUGCCAAGAGUGGACGCAGCACUUGUGCGUCGGACAUGCUGGCCGAGGUGCACGGGGCGUUUGAAGAGCUCUACGGCCAGUAG